GUGGCGGCGGGGGCCGGUACUGGACCCGGCGGGAUGAGCGAGGCGGAGGCGGCAGUGGUGGCGACAGCGGCCCCCGCGGCGACGGUGCCCGCGACGGCAGCAGGGGUGGUAGCGGUGGUGGUACCGGUGCCCGCGGGAGAGCCGCAGAAAGUAGGCGGCGGGGCGGGCGGCGGCGGAACCGCCUCGGGCCCCGCUGCCGGUACCCCCUCGGCGCCAGGCUCUCGCACCCCUGGCAACCCGGCGACGGCGGCCUCGGGAACCCCCGCGCCCCCGGCCCGGAGUCAGGCGGACAAGCCGGUGCUGGCAAUCCAAGUCCUGGGCACUGUCAAAUGGUUCAACGUGCGGAAUGGUUACGGAUUCAUCAACAGGAAUGACACCAAGGAGGAUGUCUUUGUUCACCAGACAGCUAUUAAAAGAAACAACCCCAGGAAGUUUCUGCGUAGUGUUGGAGAUGGAGAGACUGUGGAGUUUGAUGUCGUAGAAGGAGAGAAGGGUGCAGAGGCUGCUAAUGUAACUGGACCCGGGGGGGUGCCAGUGAAGGGCAGCCGGUAUGCCCCCAACCGACGUAGGUUCCGCCGAUUCAUCCCUCGACCUCGCCCAGCUGCUCCACCACCCAUGGUAGCAGAGGCUCCCUCGGGUGGGACAGAACCUGGCAGUGAAGGGGAGCGGGCUGAGGACUCCGGGCAGCGGCCCAGACGCCGGCGCCCACCACCCUUCUUCUAUCGUCGGCGGUUUGUGCGAGGCCCUCGGCCCCCCAAUCAGCAGCAGCCUUUAGAGGGCACCGACGGGGUAGAACCCAAAGAGACAGCUCCAUUGGAGGGAGACCAACAGCAAGGAGAUGAACGGGUGCCCCCACCCAGAUUCCGGCCCAGGUACCGAAGGCCCUUCCGCCCCAGACCGCCGCAACAACCUACCACCGAAGGUGGGGAUGGUGAGACCAAACCCAACCAAGGCCCCACUGAUGGUUCUCGGCCUGAACCCCAGCGCCCACGAAAUCGCCCCUAUUUCCAGCGGCGACGGCAGCAACCUCCUGGCCCCAGGCAGCCCACAGCCCCAGAGACCUCAGCCCCCAUCAACAGUGGGGACCCCCCCCACAACAUACUGGAGUGAUUCCAACUCAAAGGACACCCAGAGCUACCAUCUGGUAUCUGCCAGUUUUUCCAACUGACCCUACCCAGCACCCCCUCCCCUCUUUCCCAUAAUUCAUGACAUCGAAACACCGGCUUUUCCCUUUUUCCUUGAGACUCAGGAGGGCUAAAGCAACAGCCUUUUGCCUUUUUUUCCCCUCUCUUCCCUACUCUGGGUUGAAGGAAGGGAUUCAUCCUUAUUAUUCAGAGGCAUCAACUCCCUUCCCUAAGUCAGGCUGUUAAGGAAUCAGCCAGCUCUUAACCUCCUCCUGGUUGUUUUUCUUUCCCACCCAGUUUAUUUUUUGUUUCCCACCCCCACCCCCUCUGAAGCCAUUUUAUGAACUGUCACGUGCCACCUGAGCCUCCAGUAAAAACAAAAACAGGC